ACAUCCAAAAAGAAAGUGUCCAUCUGGGCUUUGUACAAGUGUAGCUCAUAGAAACCCUUCCAGCCCAUCAAUCCAAACGGCCACUCUCUAGAAACGGCACACGUGUCCGGUGGCGCAAAGGGAAAGCCGGGAACCUUCUAGAACCCGCUGGAUGCUUCUCUCACCUAGGUCCAACCUAAUCUCAUCCCCAAAUCCACCAUUCUAGAUGCGUCUUCCUCUGUCUGUUUCUCUCCUCACACCUUCCUUUCCUCUCCUCUGCAGCGCACACGCCACACCGCACUCUCUUGCCUGAUGGCGUCGCCGGCGGCGGGCACUCCGCCGUUCCUGACGAAGACGUACGCCAUGGUCGAGGACCCGACCACGGACGAGACGAUCUCCUGGAACGACACCGGCACGGCGUUCGUGGUGUGGCGCCCCGCCGAGUUCGCACGCGACCUCCUCCCCAAGCACUUCAAGCACAGCAACUUCUCCUCGUUCGUCCGCCAGCUCAACACCUACGGAUUCAAGAAGGUAGUGGCGGACAGAUGGGAGUUCGCCAACGACGGCUUCCGGAGAGGCGAGAAGCACCUUCUCGGCGGGAUACAGAGGCGGAAGGGGACCGGCGCCGUGGCGGCGGUACCGACGCCGGGCAUACCGACGGGGAUACCGAUCUCGUCCCCGCCCACGAGCUCCGGCGGGGAGCCGGCGGUCUCGUCGUCGCCGCCGCGUGGCUCGACGGCUGGAGUGAGCGGCGCGGUGGCCGAGCUGGAGGAGGAGAACGCGCGGCUGCGGCGCGAGAAUGCGAGGCUGGCGCGGGAGCUGGCCCGCGCGCGGCGCCUCUGCGACGGCGUGCGCCACCUCGUGGCGCGGUACGACCAAGGCAGAGGCGGGGAUGAGGAUCUGGCGGACGGCGACGAAGGGCACGGCGGCGGUGGGGAACGCCCCAGCGGCCCGGGAGUGAAGCCAAUGCUGUUCGGCGUCCCAAUCGGGGCCAAGCGGCUACGCGGCGCGGAUGGAGAUGGAGACGAUGUUGAUGACGGCGAGGACGGGGCCGCCGAGGAAAAUGGCGAGGGCAACGACGAGGAACAAGACGAGGACGAGGAGAGGCACGCGGCGCGGGAGCGGGGGGUUAAGGCGGCCAGGAGGAACGAGACGUCGGAUCUGGAUGUGCUGACGCUGUCCGUGCGGGCGGCCGCGGCGGCGAGGACGGGUGGAGGGUCACGUGACCGCUAAGAGCUACCCGCCCGCGCCGCUACGACUGAAAUCACUGACACUCGUGUAGAGGACGGUAGUCUUGAUUGUAGUAUUGUAUUGAGUGAUGCUGCAGGCUUAAAUUUAAACAUCUUUGUACUGCUAAUAGCCAGAAAUCAAAAUUCAGCCAUGGUCUUGUUUUAGUUA